GAGAAGACAGAGUGUGACAGAGCAGAUCCUGAGUGUGAGAAAGAGAGAAAGAGGAGACUGAAUUUGUCUCUACCUGUGACUGCCUUCCUGAGCAACACAUCAACAAAGUUUCUAGUGGAUUAUACAACCCAGACUUUGCUCUCAGCUCAAGUCUUAUCAUGAAGUUCGUCCUGUUGACUGUGGUGGCGCUGCUCCUGGUGGUGGGAGAGGGCGCUGCAGACAGACUCCUGUCUAAAAGGACCAAGAGGGAGCUUGCCAGUCCACUCCAUGUUGGUGGCAUCAGGGACCCAUUUGGUUCAUACUGCCAGAGGAGAGGAGGCUGCUGCCCUGGCAGGGAUGACCUGUGCACAGAGCCCUACCUGGACACCAUCUGCUACUGUGACAUUUUCUGCAACCGUAGUGUCGCUGACUGCUGCCCUGACUUCUGGGAUACCUGUUUAGGUAUUCCGCCACCUAUCAUUCGCACCUGCCAAAGAAAUGGAAACGUAUUCUUAACAGGGCAAACAUACAAAGAGAACUGCAAUUUAUGUACGUGUGGGGCCUUAGGACGAUGGGAGUGUGAGCAGAAUGCCUGUCUGAUGGAGCCUGACAUAAUCCAUGCAGUCAACAGAGGACACUUUGGGUGGAGGGCAGCUAAUUAUAGUCAAUUCUAUGGCAUGUCUCUGGAUGAGGGCAUCCGGUACCGCCUUGGCACACAGCCACCCUCCAGGACUGUUAUGAACAUGAACGAGAUCCAGAUGAACAUGGAUCCUCAGAGUGAUCGUCUGCCUCCCUACUUCAACUCAGCAGAGAAGUGGCCAGGGAAGAUUCAUGAACCACUGGACCAGGGAAACUGUGCUGCUUCCUGGGCUUUCUCAACUGCAGCUGUGGCGUCGGACAGAAUCUCCAUCCAGUCAAUGGGUCACAUGACUCCUCAGCUGUCCCCCCAAAAUCUUAUUUCCUGUGACACACGCAACCAGGGAGGCUGUGCGGGGGGACGCAUUGAUGGAGCUUGGUGGUAUCUCCGGCGCAGAGGAGUUGUGACAGAAGACUGCUACCCCUACCAACCCCCCCAGCAAACACCAGCAGAGGUGGGUCGCUGUAUGAUGCAGAGCCGCUCGGUCGGCCGGGGAAAGAGACAGGCCACACAGCGCUGCCCCAACGCACACAACUACCACAACGACAUCUACCAGUCCACACCACCCUACAGACUCUCAUCCAAUGAAAAGGAGAUUAUGAAGGAGAUUAUGGAGAAUGGCCCUGUGCAAGCUAUUAUGGAGGCCCAUGAGGACUUCUUUGUCUAUAAAAGUGGGAUCUACAAACACACUGACGUCAGCUUCAACAAACCUUCACAAUACCGCAAACAUGGCACACACUCAGUCAGGAUCACUGGGUGGGGAGAGGAGAGACACACUGAUGGUACAUCAAAAAAAUAUUGGAUUGCUGCCAACUCCUGGGGAAAGAACUGGGGAGAGGACGGGUACUUCCGUAUUGCUCGUGGGGAGAAUGAGUGUGAGAUCGAAACAUUUGUGAUUGCAGUUUGGGGCAGGAUCACAAUGGAGGACAUGCACAACCAUCAUCACCACCAUCGUCGCCGACACAUUUAGAAACACAACAGAUGUUAAAACCCCACCAAGCCUUUUGUUUUUAUCCCACCCCACAGAGGAGAACCAUACCAAUAGUUCCUUGUUCACCAAGGUGUUGGUAGCCACAGAACCCUUGAACAUGUUUUUAUACAUCUUAUUUUUACUCUGAGGAUCAAUCUCCACUGUCUUUACUAUUUUAAGAGAACAACCUUUCCCAUUUCUCCUGCAACUUAAGGUUUAUGGCAACAAAAACACAAAGAAAAACUAAGCCAAAGUUCUUCGAUUCUGCCUCGAUUAAGCACCUCAGGUACUGAUUGUUCCAAAGAACACACUUCCCAGAAUCCUUAGCAUAAUAUCUGGUGAAACAUAUCAUGGUGGCUGAUCACAGAAGGACAAGCUUACGCUGAUACUCUAUGUGUCAGCCUGAACCUUUAGUCUUCUCUAGCUUUGAACCUCUAACAGGUGGACCCCAUUUCAAAGGAACUACUUGGAGAAAGGAGUGUUUGAGAGCCAUAUUAUCAGACAUCAGACCAUACACACCUGGCCUGACUGUGUGACAUGAAAAUAUAUCAUAGAUGACCCUAAUGAUAUUUUUACCGGUCAACUAUACACACACACACAAUUUGGUUCAGGCCUCUGGUUUAGUGUGAUGGUAGAGUUUCUCACACAUUCCACUAAAAAUGUAGACUCUGACAAUGGCAACACAAGGAGAUUUAAGAUUUAACAGUAUAAGAUUACAAAAACUCUGAGAUUUUAGGAAGAUUUGCAACAACCAGAAAAACUGUAAUUAAAUGUAAUAGUGAAACAAGAACAUCUUGGCCCAGUGUUGUAGUAGUCGAGACUAGGACUUGUACUUGAGCACUCGGACUUAGAUAAUGCAGAUGAGGAAUCUGACUUUUUUGUAAUAAGCCAUAAUAAUUUGGCAUGAGAUACAAAUAUUAAAACGUGUUGACCUGUCCCGUGCUGUAUCUGGCAUACUUCUAGUGAAACAUACGCUCUGCCUAUCAAAAACCACACUGUUCAAUUCUAAGUUGUGUGUGUGUGUGUGCGCACAUGCCUGAGUGCAUUUUUUUGGGUAUUGUGUCACACACAAUAAGUAAGCUCCUUUUAAAAUGGUGAGAGCUGUGCCAAGUUGUGUGUAAUAUAGACCCUGAUGAGACGGGUAACGGGGACUCAACUCGGACAAUGCUUUGGUGACUCAGACUUGAUCACCGGAAACUCGAGACUCAACUCGGACUCAAGGUUUAGUGACUCAACUACAAGACUGUCUUGGCCCUUCUUCUACAUGUAUUGCUUUACCAAUUAAGCAUGUUCUGUAUCCUUUGUUCUUGGCUGCAGGUGAAAUAAAGUAUUUUCAGUCAUGCUAAAUGAAAAAGCCACUAUGAGCUGAGCAGUGAUAAAGAUAUAAAUAAAAGCCAUGCUACCAACCCUGACCCCACCAUCUCAUUUAAGAAAAUAAUUACACUGAUGCAUUAACAGGUUGAAUAGCUUGUGAUGCCUUAAAGAAACAGACUUGUUUCAACCACUGCAAAUGAAAGUGAUUGUGUAUAGUAGACUUCAUUUACACUGUUGCAACUUGGGCUAAAGAUGUUGCUUUUUGUUGCAGUUGUAGUUUAAAGUUUUAUUUUCCUACUUGUUGUGAGAUGUACUGUAUGCAGUCACUGCUAAAGUUCAGUCUAUGAUAUACUGUAUGUCUUUAGUUUGAUGCAUUUCAUAGUAUGUAAUAAACAUGUAGAGCCACUUCCAUCUAACACCAGUUCAGGUUACACACUUUAAAGAUAAGCUGUUUGGCUUGUUUAUGUUCUCAUUUUUGUUUUUAAUUGUUAUUGUGUUCUGCUGGAAUUUGAAUAUGAUCAGUAUCAGUACAUGUCCCUAUAUUUGUUACAGUAUCACAGCGCUUUCAAUUGAUCACAGGCUCAUUGAGGGAUUUUCAGAUCAACCACAGCAUCACUUGAAAAGGAAAGUAUGGCGUAUUAUUACCACUUAUCUUAAAUUACACCCUGGCUUUUACAGUUUUAUAUCAUCGUGUCUUGUAAGCGUUGAUUAUUGUUCUAUUGCCUUUGGGCAAAGAUAGGCAGACAGACAUAGAAGAGAAGAGUGCGGUUGGACAGCUAAUGUGCAGUGGGGCAGAGGUAUACAUAUACAUGAAUUAGCAGUUGUUGCAAUGUACAGAAAUGUUUCAUUUUGAAAUAAGCAAAGGCUUAGAAGGAUCAAGAGCACAGCAGGUUUACAGUACAUUACAAAACUACUAGAACAAUGUGAAACAGCAUUUUGGUCUGAAGAGACUAUGAUUGUGUCAGUUUUCUGUCUGAGAAAGAAGAAGACUCUUCAAAUCUAUAAGGUCGUCCAUACGUUGCUAAAGCUCCUUUACAAUAGAGAGAAGAGGAUGAAUAGAAACUAAAUUAGGUGCUGCAUUAAUCUAUGUUACUUUGCUUGCAGAAAUUCUGCAUGUCUCAUUCAUUACAAUUUGUGCACAAAGUCAGAAAGCCAUUAAGAUUACAGAAGAGUUCAUAACCUCCCUGCUCCAGAGUGACACCAAUGUAAGAUGCAAGAGUUCCAUAUUGUAGAGACAAAUCAGAGCUAUGUUAGGACUACGAUGAUCCUAGCCCUAGUUUAAACCUUUUGGCUAAGCUCAUCUUAACAUUGAGUUGAUUAUGACCAAGGAAAGCCCAGUUACUGACAGUGUAACUGGUUUGUAUCAGUUACACUGAGGAAAGCAGACAAGUGAGUAUUUUCUUUAGUAGAAGAAAGCAGUGAAAUUUAACCAAAGCUUGAAUUAGUUUUGUUGAAUAGAGAUAUCUCGUCAGUGUCGUUUCAUUUUCAUUCAGGUUUACUGUUAGCUUGGACCUAAAUUCUACAUAUGAUAUAAUAUGUAAAGAUGUAGAAAACAGCAUUCUCAAGCAAAUGUUCGCUAACAACAUAUGCAAUUUUUUAUAAUUAUUUAUAUAUAGAAGUUUAGAUGGGACCAAUAACACCAAAAUGUAUUGCUUAGAAACUUAUCUAUACUUGCAGCCAGUUUUCUGCAGCAUCAGUGUCUCCUCUAACAAACUGGCGCCAGGAACUGUAGCAGACUUCCACUUAGAAGUUAUGUAUUUUAUGCAAAAAUACCACUUCAUAUUCACUGGUUUAUGUGACUUUAUUUAUGAAAAGAUGAGUAUAUUAUAUACUUUAAUUCUUCUUUGUUUUCCUUGCAGUGUUUUAUUAUCUCUGUCUCUUGUAUUGUGUGCACUAGAUGCAAUGCUAUAUUAUCGUUCACUUGUGGAGCACAAUAAAGUCUUUCCAAAACCU